AUGCAAGUGUCAUCCGUAACGACGCAAAUGGCUUCCGUGAAGCUGACAGCCCGUCCAACCGUAGAACAACCUGCCCAGAAUGGACACGGCACGCAAAGUGGGUCCUCCAGUAACAACGCCUCAGCAACCGAGCCGGAAAUUGUCGAUCCGUUCUGCAAUGCGGACAAUCCGCAGAUAAUCACCUUCCAGGACGUAACAUCCGCGGCGUUCAAAAUACGGAAAGGUGUCGAGCUAACGCCGUGCGUGAAAUCCCACUUCUCCGACCUGAUCGACAUGGACAUCUACCUGAAGAAGGAAUUUCUGCAGUUCACCGGUAGCUUCAAGGAGCGUGGCGCUCGUUAUGCGUUGUUAAUGCUGUCGGACGAGCAGAAAAAAACGGGCGUUAUCUCGGCCUCCCUGGGGAAUCAUGCGCAGGGACUGUCCUAUCAUGGCUGGAAGCUUGGCAUCCCGGUGACGGUCGUGAUGCCGCUGAAGGCCUCACUGAUGAAAAUUCAGAAAUGCCGUAACUAUCAUGCUAAUGUCGUCGUACAGGGAGCGGACAUGGGCGAAGCAAAGCGGAUUGCGCUGAAAAUGGGACACGACCGGGGCCUUACAUACAUCAACGGGUAUGACCAUCCGCACAUCAUGUCCGGCCAGGGUACGAUUGGGCUCGAGAUCGUCGAGCAGGUCAGCGAUAUCGAUGCAGUUGUUGUGCCGGUUGGUGGCGGUGGAUUGAUAGCUGGUGUCGCGACCGCCAUAAAAAAUUUAAGCCCAAAUACCAAAAUCAUCGGCGUCGAGUCGGAAAAGUGUCCCAGCUUUACGCGAGCGCUCGAAAACAAGGGCCCUGUGUUUGUGGCGAACCAGGAAACGUUGGCCGACGGGUUGGCGGUACCGCAGGUGGGCUACAACGCGUACGCCACGACCGUACCGCUGCUGGACAAAAUGAUCGUCGUGAAGGAGGAAUGGAUUGCGCUUGCUAUUUUGCGACUUGUUGAGCUGGAGAAGUGUGUCGUCGAGGGUGCGGGCGCUGCUGGGCUGGCCGCCAUCAUGGCUGGGCAUUUGAACGAGUUCAUCGGCAAAAGAGUGGUGCUGCUAAUUUGCGGAGGCAAUAUCGAUACGACCAUGUUUGGCAAAUGUCUCGAGCGUGGUAUGGCCGCCGAGGGACGACUGCAGAGAUUCACCGUCACCGUCAGCGAUGGGCCGGGUGGUGUUGCUAAGCUGUGCAAUCUGCUGGCCAGUUUGGGCGUUUCCAUCAAGGACAUAAUGCACGAACGUGCCUUCAUUCGUGACAUCCACCAUGUUGAGGUGAAAGUGAUUUGUGAAACACGCGAUUGGGAACAUUCCAAGGAAAUGCGUAAGGUGCUGCAGGAAAAAUAUACCAAAGUUCACUUCUAUGACAUGCCGAUGGCGAUUACGGAAUAG